GCAGACUCCAUGUCCGAAGUAAAUUCUGCUGAUGAUGAUGGAGUAGCUUUAACCGGAUUGGCGAGUGCUUCUGCUGCAGCAAUGAAUCUAGAUGUUGAUUUGUCACUUGAUGAUGUUACGAUUGAUGAUGAUGAGUUUGACAUUCCAGAGUUGGAUUCAGCUCCAACAUUAGACAGUAUCUUGAAUGAGAAUGAUGAGCCGUUUGAUAUUGAUGCACAGUCUCUGAGUCUCUAUGGUCAAACCAGCGAUGGUUCAGCCCCAGUAUCUGAACCCAACACACCGAGCAGGUCACCUCAUAAAUAUGGGAGGAAAAAGAGUGUACAGUAUCCGAACCAUGGUUCUAUCAUCCGACAUGUUGUACUCAAGAAUAUCUCAUCCCAGCUCAUGUCUGCAUCAGAUCGUGUACAAGCAGGAAGUCCGUCAGCCAUGGCAAUCUCUCAGUACAUAGCAGUAGGAACCUCACAUGGCCUUAUUCUUGUCUUUGAUCCAAAUCAAGUGUUAAAAUGGUGUCUUGGGAGUACAGCACUAGGAACUCAGUAUGGUGCAGUAUCAACAUUGGGUAUCAACAAUGAUUGUAGUCGACUUCUGGCUGGGUUUGCUAGAGGACAGAUCACCAUGUGGGAUUUAACUAGUGGCAAGCUUCUACGCACCAUCACAGAUGCCCAUCCCCCAGGUUCUGCAGUCCUUCAUAUUCAGUUCAGCGAUGAUCCCACGAUGGCGAUCUGCAGCGACAGCGGUGGUUCUGUAUUUGAGCUGAGCUUCAAACGGGUCAUGGGAAUGAGAACGUGUGAAUCCAGAUGUCUCUUCUCUGGCAGUCGUGGAGAGAUGGCGACCAUAGCACCCCUUCAUGUUCACAGUACAAUCAAGGAACAUCCUAUGAAGGAAAUGGCCAUCCUAGCCAUGGCAACACUCUCUAAGGUUUUUAUUGUCAGUGUUCGGCCGAAGCUGACUGUGAUAUUCACAAAACAACUCAAGGGUGAUCCGUCCACGCUACCUCUCCUGGCAUGGCAGUUUGUCGUCAUCCAGGGAAAAAACACUGAUCGGGUUGUGGAUCCAGUGCUGGCAUUCGCAAGGACUAACAUGGUCUACUUUUACCAGGUUUUGUACAGUGAAGAUGGACUAGUGAAAGUUGUUCCUCUCCAGUCAAUAAAGCUUCCAUACAACCUGAUUGCCCUUCAUUGGUUCAAUCCCAAGACGUUGGUUGCCAUAGAUACCACUGAACGUCUGCACCUUGUAGACGUGAGGACGGAGGAGGAAUUAGAGGUCGUUGACCUGGUGGACAUUGAACUGGUGUACGGCAGUAGUUUUUUCAAGUCCUUAGCUACGGGGGGAAACGUUAGCCAAGCAAUGGCUCUUGCAGGUGAGCGUGCUUGCUAUCAAUCCAUCUCAUCCUACAAAGGACAACUUGUCAUUCUCGGAACAAAGUCUCUACACGUUAUGACAACCAGAGCAUGGAGUGAGAGGCUCGAUAUCUUGGAGAAGGAAGACAAGUACAAGGCUGCCCUGGCACUGGCGUUGUCUUUCUACAACGGGAAAGCAAAGGCAGUUGUGGGUUUGUUUGGAAAUACAGAGGACAGAGGUAAAACAGUGGGUGAAAAGAUUUUGGAGCUGCUGUUCACUUAUGUCGAUGUCUCCAUGAAGCAUGGACCUGUCAGGGGGGCAAUCCACUUGCUGGAAGAGCAUUUUCAGAAAGUUGUCCCAGUAUGUGUGGAUUACUGCCAAACACUUGACAGAAGGGAUAUUUUAUUUGGACCGAUCUACGACCGUUUCCAGCAGGACAGCAUAGCUAAAGGCGUCUUUCUGGAAUGCCUUGAGCCUUACAUCCUCAACGAUACGCUGACGUCCAUCACUCCAGGCGUCAUGAAAGAUUUUGUGGACCACUAUAAGACCAAGGAGAUGGUUCAUAGUGUUGAAGCUUGUAUUGUACACAUGGAUAUCGCAAGCUUGGAUAUUCACCAGGUGGUGUCACUCUGCUGGGCCCAUGGUCUGUAUGACGCCAUUAUUUAUGUGUACAAUAAAGGGAUGAACGAUCACAUCACUCCGUUAGAGGAUCUACUUCAAGUCUUGGGGCAGGCUGUGACUUCGGGGAAACAACUGACUGACCAGCAGAUCAAGCUUGGCAACAAACUGCUUGUAUAUAUAAGUUGCUGCUUAGCCGGGCGUGCCUAUCCACUGGGUGACAUUCCUUCAGAUCUCAUCAAAUCAGUCAAAGAAGGGGUCUGGAAGUGUCUUACGUCCCUUCACACUAAGCAAGCCAAUGAGGAGGAGCAUGUCUACCCUUACCUCAGGACGUUGCUUCAUUUUGACACCAGGGAGUUUCUUAACGUUCUUGCACUCGCCUUCGAGGAACCAGAGUUUGCCUCUCAGGGAAGUUCGUACGCAGCAGGUCUUCAAUCCAAGCAGCGUAUUGUCGACAUCUUACUCCAAGUCAUGGUAGAGAGCAUCGGCUUCUCACCGUCUCAGGUUGGAUGUCUGUUUACAUUCUUAGCGAGACAGAUGGCCAAGAAUGAUAACAACAUCGUCGUCAAUCGACUCCUCUUUGAACAGGUUGUUGAGUUUCUCUCCAAUCCGGCUGACGAGACACGUCACGAGGAGAGAGAGCAAGCUUUGCUGCAACUUGUUAACGCUGGAGGACUUGAACAAGUCGAUCAACAGAAGCUUCUUCGACUGGCAGAGGGCGCUAAAUUUUAUCGUGUGAGCGAGCUUUUGUAUGAGAAAAGACGUCAGUUUGAUAGGAUUCUACUCUGCUACCUCAGGGAUCCAGCUAGGAAGCAUGCUGUCUUUACCUACAUCAACAACGUGAUGAUGGAGAGCUGUUAUACAGACCCUGAGAAGGACGCUGUGCAGAGUGAAGCCCUCGAAAACCUCCAGGAUUUAGUAGCCAUUGACAGCAAAGAGACAGCCCAGUUAGUCCUCAAGGUGUUUGCCAACUCUCUGGAUGAGGUAAUAGACAAACUUCAUGACCGGUUAAAGCUACAGUAUGAAUUCCUGCAGGGUGUCUUUGAUUAUCGGGACGCAACAAGUACAGCCCUCGGACCAAAGGAGCAGUCACAGUCCGACCCCGCCAUUCAUGAGAAGUACAUUGACCUAAUGUGCCAGUUCAACCCUAGUGCCGUCCAUCAUUACAUCAGGAACGUAGAGGGAUAUCGCCUUGAGGAGACUCUGCAGAUUGUGAGACGUCGCAAGAUAGCAGAUGCCACAGCUUACCUUCUCGAGAUGGCUGGUGAUAUACAAGGAGCUUUCAGGAUUAUGCUGGAGAGUUUGUCCAGUAGUAUACGCAUCCUGUCGGAUACAAUGCAGUCAGACAAAAUGGCCGAUAACACUAAAGAUCCGAGUGUUGCCAUCUGUGGCAUGCAGGCUGGCUUAAUGGUCAUUAUUCAACUGUGUCAGCGAAACUCUGCUAAGCUAGAUGAACCAGAGAGAGAGGCUCUGUGGUUUCCGUUACUGGAUCUGAUGAUGGCUUCACAGAGGAAACUCAAAUCAUCCCUCGGAGACGACCAUUUUGAGGCGUUCAAGGACCUGACGAGACAUGUGUUAAAUAGUAUGAUGGGAUAUAUUGCUCUGCCGGCCGUCUUACAGAAAAUCAUGCAGGACCCGACUUACAGCACGGGGAAGUUUGGUGAGAUCAAGGAACUGAUACUUGGGAUGCUGGACACCUACAACUACGAGAAGACGCUACUAAGGACCACCAACAAUCUCCUGGACCAUGACCUCUAUUGGUCGCUGAAUAACUUGACUCAAGCAGUCAGUCGUGGUUUGAUCCCUCGUAAGGAAUCGUGCUUCAUCUGUCAUCGUAACUUCACUAAGAUUGGAGAGGAUGAAGCAGUCGUCGUCUUCAGCUGCGGUCAUACCUACCACACCCAGUGCCUGCAUACCUCAGGUUGCUCCUCCAUGAUAGAAGGGAAACAACACUGGACAUGCUACCAGUGUUACAGCACCAGACGGACGGGCAAAGGCAGGCUACUCAACGUUAGGAAAUCAGAACACUUUGCCAGCGUGGCUGGGGAGAAAGGAAUGGUGGAGAGGGGCUCGGUUAAGAAGAGCGGAGCUGCCGUGGCAGGAGCCAGUGGGAAAAAUGAGAGUGUACAGAUGGACCCAGAGCAACUAGCAGCGUUGGAGUUACUCAAGAAGAGACUAGAAGGCCCAUCUAGGCUCGCGGUGUUGUGUGAGGUCACUAGAGCGUAUCGUGAUCAGCCAUCGUCAGCCAGUGGCUACGUCCGAGCAGACAGCAUGCUCCUAUCAGAUAGCUUCAAACUCCGGCUAGCCCCGCCUCCUUCAGAGAAUUGACAGGUCAGGGGUCAUAAUGGAUCGUCCGAGCAGACAGCAUGCUCCUUUCUGAUAGCUUCAAACUCCGGCUAGCCCCGCCUCCUUCAGAAGAUUGACAGGUCAGGGGUCAUAAGGCCUCAGACAGCAGCAUUUUACAUUAAUACUUGUAGUUAGCAGAAUAUUUGUCAAUGUUUUGCCCAAGACAUGUAAAGCUCCUCAAACAUGGAAUUUCGUGCCUCGCUCAGUUUUCUUGAUUUCCCUGAAUUCCUUGCCAAAUAAUAAGCAUAAAUUGUCUCAAUUUCUACACACCAUAAGAUUGUCCAGAAAAUGUAUAAAUUAUUAUAUACUUCAUACAAAUACAUGUAUGUAUAUCUUUAUUUACCCAUUAUUACAAAUGUACAUAACUUAAGAAUAUUUAAUACAUGAUGAAGUAUGACCUAGGACUGAUUAAGUUUUUUAAUUUACAUGAAUUUCUAUGAAAUUUGAGGGCAUCUGUGUUACUUUUCUACAGCUCAGUUAAUUGUUUUCUGUUUCAUCUGCCAUCUUGUAUCAUUUUAAUAAUGUUAAUUUUUCAUGUGCAAUUUAUUUUUGUAAAGAAUGUUAAAUUGGUAGUCAAUGACCUUAGAUUCAAAUACAGUUUCUAGAUCAGAACUGCUGCUAAUGUAAGAAAGGCACUCUCAUUUGCUGCUGGUCUUGUGAGCAGGCAAUGAUUCAAAUCAUUGUGAAUGCCUGCAACCGUGGACCUCCUAUCGUCCCUCUUUUGUUUAUACUCUAACUAUUUUGCAACAGUUCCAAUUGGUUUUGUACACGUUUUCCAACUGUGGACCUUUCCUGAACCGUGGACCCUAUUGUCCUCUUUUGUUAAAGGU